GCUUGACUGGCGCAGGAGGAGGAGGAGGAGGACUUCCUCCCGCACGCUGCGCUGCUUUCUGUUUGAGCGCCUUCUUGUUGUUGUCCCGGAGUUUGGACGGACUCCGACACUCUGAUCUGAGCCGUCACUCACCUGCCGGAUGGAGACGGACAGCCUGCUGUCCGGCAGCCUGGACGAAGCCUCCGGGGACUAUGGCUCCAGGACCGGCUCGGAGCGCGGAGGGGCCACGGGCAGCAGGAAGAUGCCGUACUCGGUGUCCGGGGACUCGUGCACUGUGGACAGGGAGCCAGGUGAUGAGGAACUCUACAUCCAACAGGCUGUUGUGUUCCUCGAGGACGCCAUAAAGUACCGCUCCAUCAACCACCGAGUGGAUGCCGGCUCCCUCCGCCUGUAUCGAUGGUACUACUCUGGGAUAAUCCAGUGGGGUUUGGGUCUGACCAUUGCGGUGGUGCUGCUGCUGGCCUUCAUGGAGCGCCCGUCCUCCUUCUCCAUGUCCUCGGACCCCCGGCAUCGCUCUCCAGCCUGGCAGCCUCCCUGCGGCCUCACCGAGAGCAUCGAGAUGAUCUGCCUCAUCAUCCUCUCUGUAGACGUCGCUGUUAAGAGCUAUUUGAUUGGCUGGGAGGAGUUCAGGAAGAGCAAAUGGCUGAUUGGCUACACUGUGGUCAUUUCGAUCUCUGUCAUCGACUGGGUGCUGUCCGUCAGCAUGGUGUGUGAUGAGAAACUGAGGGUGCGGCGGCUCCUGCGGCCGUUCUUCCUCCUGCAGAACUCCUCGCUCAUGAAGAAGACGCUGAAGUGCAUCAAGAGGACGCUGCCGGAGAUCGCCAGUGUCAUCCUGCUGCUGGCUCUACACCUCUGCCUCUUCACUAUGAUCGGCAUGCUGCUGUUUGCUAAAAGUGAGGACCCAAAGAAGAACGGCGAGUGGGAGUUACACUUCAGAAACCUGCCGAGCUCCCUGACCUCUCUGCUGGUGCUGCUCACCACAGCCAACAACCCUGAUGUGAUGAUCCCCGCCUACUCCCUAAACAGAGGCUACGCCAUCUUCUUCGUGGCCUUCAGCGUCAUUGGAACCUACUGUCUGAUGAACCUACUGACAGCCAUCAUCUACAACCAGUUCAGGGGAUAUUUGCUGAUGUCGGUCCAAACGUCAUUCCUCAGGAGACGACUCGGGAUCCGGGCAGCUUUCCAGGUCCUCACCUGUCAGGGAGCCCGACGGGCUGCUGGGGAGCGCGUUCGUGUCGACGCUGUGCUGGAGGUGAUGUCCAGGGUCAAGAUGAAGAGAUACUACAGAGCAGCCAUCACUAUGGUAGCGCAGCAGUACGAAGACGUCGGCUUCAUGGAUCGAGAGCAGUUCACCAAGAUUUUUGAUGAACUCGAUAAAGACUGCAUCAAGGAGCACCCUCCUCUGCCUCAGUACAGCUCUCCCACCCUGCAGAGACUCCAGCUGAUCUUCAGUCACUACUAUCUCAUUUUGUUUGGAAACGCUGUGGCCCUGGCCAAUGUUGUGUGUAUAUGUACUGUCCUGGUGUUGAACUCUGAAAAGUCCACAGAAGAGAGAGACAACUUCGUCUUGGAGAUCAUCAACCUGUGCUUCAUCCUCUACUACCUGUUUGAAAUGUGUGUGAAGAUCUUUGCGUUCGGCUGGCAGGGCUACCUGUCCUACAGGAACAACAUCUUCGACGGCUUCCUCACCGUCCUGUUGUUGGCCCUGCAGAUCACCAUUUUUAUCACCUACAGGCUUCCGUAUUCUCAGUGGGAACCCUCCACUCACAGCGUCUCGCUGUGGGAGAUGAUCCGUCUGGUCAACCUGCUGAUUGUUUUUCGCUUCCUGCGCAUCAUCCCAGACAUCAAGCUCAUGGCUCUGGUUGCCAGCACGCUGUUGGACCUGGUGAAGAACCUGCGAGCGUUCGCGGGGAUCCUGGUGGUGGUGUACUACGUGUUUGCUGUGUUUGGGAUCUGGCUCUUCGAGGGCGCCAUUAAACCUCCUCCUGAGUCGAGUGUGCCGGCCAACACCUCCAUGGAGAACAUCACCUCGAACUUCAGCGUGGCGUGCGGCACCUACGAGCAGCUCGAGUAUUGGCCCAACAACUUUGACGACUUUGGCGCUGCCAUCAUUUUACUCUACGACGUCAUGAUCGUCAACAACUGGCAGGCCUUCAUCGACGCCUACAGCAGAUACACCACAGAGUGGUCCAAGAUCUACUUCGUGUGUUGGUGGCUCAUCUCGUCGGUCAUGUGGGUCAACUUGUUCGUGGCGCUCAUCUUAGAGAACUUCAUCUACAAGUGGGACCGCAGUCACAGCUGCUCUGUGAUCGAUGUGGAGAGGAUCAGAUAUGAAACCUCGGUUCAGCUCAUAUUCAGGGAGCAGGUCCAGGAGCCCACAGAGGAGGAGUUGGUGUGCCAGCUGCACCAGCAUCCACACUUACAGCUGCAGUGGUGACGGCGGCGCAUGCCGCAGCGCGGGCAGGGCGAGGCUCUUCUGCUAGUUCAUUUUUAAGUUCCUGUAAAAUAUUAAAUGCAUAAUGUCUGCUGAGUCCAGCAGGAAUCACACUUCUGAGUAUUUCCAAGUAAAACCCCUGCAGUGGAGUCCAGUCCUGUUCUGAGAAACACCUGGGCUCAUUUAAAUCAAACUGUGAAAUCAGAAAAAGCUGCAGCCGCAUUUAAAAGCUGCCAAAACAAACUGAAGUGUGAGCAGCUGCAGCUUUUAAUUGGCCGACCAGAGCGCCGCUGAGCAGAGCUGAAACCACAAAUCCAACGGCAGCGCGAGUCCUGUACAUCAGAUUUGCUCUGCAGACAAACAGCCAAUCAAAUCCAAGAACACCGUCUCAUCAAACCGGCGCUGUAACCUCCAGGAGACGGGUCUCCGUUCACUGCAGACUGAAGCCAUCUGACAGAGUCGCGUUACGCAGCACACACCAGCCUGACCGGCACACAUUCACUCUGAGAUUUACCUCAGACUGUUUGGUGUGAAAUCCUCGCAGACGCUCGUAGGCUCAGGUCAGAAAGGUCACGUCAGGGAAACACAAAGGUUUAAAAAACGCACAUUUGCUCUGCAGCGCUGUUCAUUCAUCGAGUUCAGGGCGGAGCCAGAGGCUGACACCUUUCACAUGUAAGGAUGAUGAGAUGUUAAAGUAAAUCCAUCACAGAUCACUGCGGUUUCACAAAAACACGUCUUUUUACUCUUUCUGAGCCAAACAUAAGACGGAGACAUGUCUCCAUCACUGCGAGACGCCGAGCAGACGGUAAUGACUUCUGGGCUGAUCUCUGCUGUGACUCCAGCCUUGUCUUCAGUGUGAUGGAACUCGCUCAGUGGAAGCGGAGAAAUAGUGCCAACACCCACGUUGCUGAGGAAGCGUGAACCUGUCCACGAUGACAGGAAGCCAUGUCCCCACGUGUGGACAGAAACAUCAGUGCUCGGGUUUUUUCUUACAUCUGUCAAACUGGAUAAACAGCACUGCAGGCUGCGGGGAACACGUUUAUUUAAAAUCCUCUUAAUCUGCAGAUAGAGACACGAGCUGCAGGGACCGACUCAUCCUGCAGGUCCGUGUUUCCUGACUUUCUUAUAGAUGCAUGUGUCGUCUGUGGACACUCGCAGCCUGAGCUGCUGAAGCUUUCCUCACUUCCUGCUCUGACCUGGUCAUCAGCAGCGACAAACACAUCAGAGGAAAAUGUUGCAGAUCGGCUGGAGCUGAGUCGCCGCUGGGCGUCUGCCGCUCGGGUUCAUCGAGACGUUUAACAUAGAAACGCUGCCGUGUGCACAGGAAGGACAUCACUGAUGGUUUCUGAUGCCCGAGCUGCAGCUGCAGCUGCAGCGUCGUUCUUUAGAGGUUUCCGCUUCAUUCGACUUCAUUCGGUUUCCCCUCAUGUGAAGGACAAACUGUCCAGAAACCAGGAAACGCCUGAAAGCAGUGACCUGUUGGAGACUUUGUUUCGUCUGUCAGGAAAUAAAACACGUUUUUUUCUUGGAAUGACACCAGAUCUGAUCUCUGCUGUGUUUCUGGCCCGAGGCCGAGCGUAGCAGAGCUUUCCAUGAAACCUGAUGUCAGACUUCCUGCUGAUGGUCAGUAGGACACACGCAGCACGCCGAGGAACACACGGACGUGCCUGUUCAUGCUUUCUGCUGUAUGUGGCGUUCAGGGCGUGCUGAGGCUUUAGACGAGCGUGUUCUGAGAGUUUAGUGGUGCAGGGCUGCUACCUCCAAGGGUAAAAAGGGAAAAACUCACUUUUUGUAUGAAUGUCCCAAAAUCAGAUUUAAAAUAAAUAUUUUUCUGAAACUCAAA